AUAGCUUACAAUUAUUCAUCGUCUCAUCGUCCUCUGCUGGAGCAGGCUUUAAUUCUCCAGGUAUUAAUAGAAAACUGGGUAGACAGUCAUCCAUAGUCUGUUCAUGAUUACUGUACUUCUGCCAGGAUAACUUAGCAGAGGAAAAUAAGCAUGUAUAAAAGAUUAGGUUCUUCAAUUCGUAGUAGUGAUUUAACGUCGGAGAGAAGCUGGGUCACGGAUGACCGGCAGUCCGACAUCAUUGAGCCACAUGACAGCAUUUCCCACGACUACAUUCGCCUCGAUUCAUCCAAGUCUCCAGUUCCAGAGAACUGGGUGACUUUUGAGGAUAGCUCACAGCCUGUUGAUCACCCACUAUCACGUUCCACUCAACCAGAUCGUACCGGAACUUCCAAGCCAACUGCACAAGCUCUAGCUUCAGGAACAGGAACACCUGAUACUCCAACAGCAAUGCCUGCCAACUGGGUCGCAUUUGAAGAAGAUGAGAAACGAUCAACAAUCCUGAGAUCCCCUUUACACCAAUCAUUAACUGGAAAAUCCACCAGUUCUCAAAUAUCCAGAGAGAUAUCACUGACAUCAACCUCUGAAGAGGGAACUCCAACUAGAGUAAUGCCAGAAAGGAAUAUUCCCUCUCGCGGAAACCCAUUUGCUGAAGAGCUCCAGAAACAAAGAGAUUCAUCAUUAUUUGAACAUCCCAAUGUAGCUCAUAAACGUCCAACUUCACCAUAUAAUCCAUUCGUAAGUGAAGAUGAGGCCGCGGCUAAACAUGUUCAUCAGAAUGUCCCACUGCCGCAGAAUUGGGAAACCUUUGGUGAGGAUCAGCCAGUUGUCAAAACUGUUGGAAACCCAUUUCAAAUGGCAAACACACAGAUAACACAGUCAUACCAAAGACAAGAACCAUAUCCAGUUGCUUCUUCUGACAGUUCUAUUAAAGCCACAUCUGGUGGUGCUUCACAGGGUUAUGCUUCAUCACAAAUGUCGGCAGGGUCGAAAAGCAAUUGGGAUAACUUUAUUGCUUCGAAAAUGCAAGGAACUAAGAGCGUCGGCAGAGAUCUCAGUACUGUUACGAACACUCACCAGCCUAUGGAACGUAGAGCAACUCUACUUCAACAGUCACAGGGUGCUGUGUCUACUUCAGCCAGUAAACCAUUUUCAACACACCCCGAUACUUUGACAGGGGAAGAAUUUGUAGAUGAAUAUCCAUUACCAAGCGUUGAUUUAGAAUUGGGAUGGAACCUGAUGCUAAGGCAUCCAGGAAAUAAGAAGAUGGUAGGGUCUCGGAGAUGGAAGUCUGUUUAUGUUAAAAUUACGAAUGGGAAUGUUAUUCAGCUUUUUCAAAGUGAAUCCUCCCACGAGCCCUUCAGUGAAGUUCAACUACAAUCCAACUAUGAAAUUAGUGUUCCCACUUUACAACAUUUUGAUGGUAUGGGCAAAAUCCAUAAACUAUACCUUUUUUACAUGUCUUACAUAGAGAAGAGAAAGUACAGUACAAAGACACCUUUUGAAAAAAUGAAAAAAGCUGAUGAGCUUAUGAAAUUGGGGUCAACGUCUAUUGUUGAGUUAAAAUCUUUUGCGCAGUGCAUAAAUGACUCUCUUAUGAGUCUACAAAUUUGUAGAGAACAUGGAGUACAAUACCAUAGUGAGUGCGUUGUAUUUGAUGUGGUGGAUCAGUUUCGGGCUUUAAUUGGUAGUGAGGGCAUCGUGGAGAAACAGUCCACGACCGUUAGUAUAUACUGUAUUGCGUUUGUAUCAGGAAUGCCGGACUGUGCGCUUGGAUUAAAUGAUAUCCAGAGAAAGGAUUUGGAAGUGACUGCUCGGCAGGAUAUCAUCCCAAGUAAGACCGAGAGAUGGAUUAAGUUGGAGGACGUGAGAUUCCACUAUUGCGUUGACGAGGAAGCGUAUACCGACUCCCACUUGAUCAAGUUUGCCCCACUAGAAGCCUGCAAGUUUGAAUUGAUGAGAUAUAAAGUGAAGUCACAUUUAGACCAGACACUCCCCCUCAUGGUUAGAGUGCAACUUGCAGGAGAAGGUACUCAUUUACAACUGAGAGCUGACGUGAUUGUUAGAGGGAGCCAUGACAGAAUGUUGGCUAAUCAUAAUGUUUGCUGUGACAUUAUGAUCUACAUGCCCAUCCCCGAAAGCUGGGUUCAUAUUUUCCGUAAAAAGAAGAAAUUUGGACAGAGCUCGGUAAAAUCAGCAACAAAGAAAUCAGGAAAGAUUAAAAAAGGAAGCACUAGUCCUAGCCUUCUGGAAACUUCUGUGGGGACAGCGAAAUAUGAACAUGCCUUUGGAGGUAUCGUCUGGCGAAUUCCAAAGCUUCCAGAGAAGAACCAAGUUGGUAACUCAAAUCACAUCUUCAUGUGUCACUUAACAAUGCAGAACAGCCAGUCCAUACCCAAGAACUUCCAUCGCCAAGCUCAAGUCGAGUUCACCAUGCCCCAUUCAACCGCAUCAAAGACAAUUAUCCGUUCCCUUUCAAUAACCAACGAAAGGGCGCCGGAGAAACGUGUCCGCUACUCUGCACGUUAUGAAUAUACCGUGAAUAUCGAGAAUCAUUAUAUCGCUAUAGGAGAUGAGAACACGGAGGAUCCAUCUGGAUGUAGUUUACAGUAAUUAAGAGGAUUAACGAGAAGAUGAUUAAUGAUGAUUAUUAUACAAGUUAUUAAUAUUUUAUUUUUUAUUAAGGAAUGUGUAUUUUUUUAACAGCACUUUUGCUAUAUAUGCAACUUGUAUUGAUUUUUAUCUGAAAGCUACAUUGUGGACUGAUUGGUAAAAUGAGGUUUAUUUCUAUUUUAUCAAUUGUUUUUAUAUUCUGAUUGUUUUAUAAAUUUUAUGAUUGUCUAUAUAUAAAAUAGAUUUCAUUAACUAUUAUAGCCUACCUUUAUGACUCAUGUAUAAGCCCAUCUUUGAGCAUUAACCCAUCUCGUAAUUCUGAUGCACAAUGGUUGGACAAGAUAUAAACACAUUUCUUUUUAAUAGAUUUCAAUGUUUGGGUGAAGUGCCCUAUAGAAUAAGUUUAGAAAAACGGUAGGAUUACCUUGCAUGUAAAAACUGUCUACAUUUUAUAUCUUCCUUUCCCUAAAGCCUUGUUUCCAUAAAAUCGCUACACUGUCGCUACAGUGUUUUCAGUGCAAUUUUGUACUGCGUAGCAGUCCCCGCCGCAAUCAGGAAGGUUCCCGGAUUUGACCGACCAAUCAGCAUCAUCAAAAUCUGUUGGCAAUAGCAUGUAGCGAUUGCAUGGAAACCAAGUUUACACUCUUGUCAGUACAGUAGGUUCCUGUUAGGCCCUAGGCUUGAUUUUGUGCUAUCAGGCAGUGAUGUGCUUUACACUUGAGUCAGUACAGUUGUAAAGCUAAGCUUAUUUCUCCCUUGCGACUCAACUUAGUUCAACUGACCUUUGCAACUUGCCAGCAACUGGCAGGCAACUGAGUCGCACGAUUUGAAGCGCAUGAGAGCUGCGAUCGCCAGUUGCUCUCAUUUGCCCAUGUUGCAUUAAUAGUAAUCAUAAUAGUGUGGUUUUAUAUAGCACCGUAUCCAUCUGAUAUAAGAUGCUCAAGGCAGCGGCGGGCGUAAUGCAAAUAAAGAAAAACAUUUUUUUUCCGUAGCAAUGGGUGCUCUAAUUGGCAAACUAUAAAAUUUUAUUUUUGUUCAAAUCAUAUUAUUGGCAGGCGGCGGGUUUGCUGAACAAGCCUCCCCUAACAUUGUAUGAAAUUAUCCAUGUACCAAAUUAUCUUAGCAUUGCAUGGCAACUAGUUGUAGAUAAUCUGCAGUUGGAAGUGGCAUAAUUAGUGCUCUGGGCAACUAGUUGUACUAGGUUGCUUGUAGUAGUUGCUACUGGCAACUAGUUGAGGUCAGUUGAUGUCAGUGCUAUUAAGUCAGUCGCAAGUAUGACAUAUGCUUAGCAUAAGAACUGUAUAUUUUUUAUAUAAGCAAGUGUUAAAAUGUGGAUGCAGUCAUUAAAAAUUUUAUAAAGUUUCAUUGUAUGCACUAAUAAAAUAAAGUACUAAUAUCAGGUGUAACAGUUGUAUUUAUAAAUUAUUCCUAAUAUUAUUUUAGACACCAAUAAUAUCAUAAUGAUAUGUUAAUUUCUGCUAAAAUCAUUUAGUUUUGUAUUAAUACUUAGCACCAAUAAUAUAAUAGAGUAUUGAUAUCAGCUAUAACAAUGUAUUGUUCUUCAUUGAAAUUACACAUUCAUGGUAAUUAUUUUUUAAAGAAGUCUUCAAAAAUGUAUGUUACACAGUGGAUAAUUUGUGUAUUUUGAAUGUUAAAUAGCAAUGUUUAUUGUAGAAGAAUGACACCUUACAUUGUUUUUGUAUUAGAAGAUAUCUUUAUGAAAAAGCACAUUCAUGUUCUUUAUUAAUCAAGUAUUGGUAUAUUAUUUCUUGUAUAAUUUUUUUUGAUAUUUUAUAUAUUUUUUUAUUGACUGAAGAUUUUUUUUUAAUGCAAUAAUCCUCUAUCACAUUGUAUUUUAUUAACUGUAUAUAGUAGGUCCUAUAUAAUUAACUGUAAUCUUGUUUUAAUAUUUUAAUAUUUUAUGAGAUGGUGAUUUUGUAAAAGAAGAUAGGUGCUAAUUGUGCAAGCAAUUAACAAGGAAUUUUAAUUGUGAAUUUUAAAGAAACAAUUUGUUAAUUAGUUUAAAGGACUGGACUUAUUCCAUUGGAAAAAAUUUUCAUGUAAAGUUGUUCUAGUAGCUAUGGUUUAUGAUGCACAAGCAUUAACACUUCACAACAUUUAGCAUGUAAUAGUGGUCAGGAUUUUUAUAUUUUAAACAGGCGUAAAAAAAGAUAACUGCGGGCUCAACAUUAAUGAUGACAUCAGGUCUUGGGAUAAUCACGCUGAACUGUAAUAGUUGUAGCUUGCUUUUGUUUGUAAAUGACGUCCUCUUAGGAAGUGAAUUUACUAAAUGAGGAUUGAUAUUUAAAUUAUGUGCAAGUGUCAGAAUGUAUUUCCCAUUAAGUUUUUCAAAAAUAUGCUUUCAGCUACUCUUCUAUUUUAUUCAUUUAAAUAGAAAAUCUGAGAAUGUUUCUUCACAUCAAUAAACAGUGGCAGAUCCAGAGGGUAGUGUUGGAGGAGCUUUCCCCCUCCCCUGGCAGUGUCGGAAAAAAUCCUAAGCAAGUGUGAAAUCAUUUAGAUAAAAUAUAAAAAUGGCUAAAAUUAUGAGAGCCCUCUGGGCACUCAUAAUUGGUAAGGGAACACACUCAAUUUUCCCCCUGCCAAACAUACGGUAGGUCUCACUCCCUCGUACCAUAGUAAUUUGAUUGCUAUUUGACUGCCAGUCGAUUCAGUGGGUCAAAAAAAUUCUGGAUCUGCUACUGAUGAAAUAGUAGUAUAAACAACCUCAAAGCAACUGUUGUCCAUUAGUACCCAUUGCUUGAUUUUGUGCAAUUCUGUAAUGGGUUUGUAAGUUUUUGCUAUGAUGCGAUUUCUAUUAUAUAUGUGCCAUUCCAUAACCUUUAAAAAAAUGGGGGUUUUUUUUACGUAGCUACUGUACAUUCAGUACGAUGGUUUUAAUUUAAAUAAAACCCCAGUGUUGACCUUGAAAGAUAGCUUUUCAAUUGCAGUCUGAAAUGUGAUGCGUUUUGAGGCCUAUAGCAAUUUAUCCUUGAAAAUAUUUAUUGAAAUGAUGCAAAUUUGGCCUUGAGUAAUUUCUCCAUUCCAGAGGAGGUACUAAAUGAAGUUAGCUAGUCUCCAAUUUCCAGUGGGUUUUGCAAAAUGAUGAGGUUAUAGCUAGUCUCCACAUUCCAGUUAAUGUACCAAAUAAUGAGAUUAGCUAGUCUCCACAUUCCUUAAAAGUAUUUUAGGAAUGAGAUGUACUGCUUAACUGAACUAAGUUACUACUUAUGAUUUCAUAAGAAUAAAACUGGUUUAAUUCCAUUACACUAUAUUAUUAAUGUACCGUAGUGUAUAUUUGUGUGUUGAGCUGAAAAAAUAUAAUUCAAUAAUUUACAGUAAUUACUUUGUAUAUCAGCAGGUUAUAUUAGCUGUUAAUUAAAUAUAAGAAUUAUAAUAUAUUUUCCUUGCCGAUUAGUGCAUAAACAAUACCAUUUAUUAAUUAGGACAUCUGUAAGUUAGCAAAAAAAUAAAUUAUUUUGGUCUGUGACUUGUUAGAAACCGUGAGUAGUAUAUCUUUCAAUUUUUGCAACUUUGAUUAUGCAUUAUGAUUUAAUUUUUAUUAAAUAUGCUUUGCCCUUAUUCUGUAAAACCUCAAAUAGAAGCCCUGGAUGGGCUUCUAUUCGAAAUUACAUUUGCAAGCCAAAGAGAGGGGCUUCUUUUCAAAACAAAUGCUGUAAAUAUUUCAAAUUUGCUAUUAUACGGCAUUUUCCAACUAUGGAAUUCAAAAUUCUGUUUUAAUAUUUCUUUAUUUUAACCAUGCUAGUACAAUAAAAUAAUGUUGAUAUUAACACGCUAUCAUAAUUAAAGAUAACGUCAGUCUGAAUGCAAGUACUGUCUUACAAAAGGAGCCCAUACAAUCUUGAUUAGAAGCCCAUGGGCUUCUUUUUGAGAUUACUUUGGCAAACUAAAGAGGGAGGCUUUUUGAGUCCAUUGGGCUUCUAUUUGAGGUUUUACGGUAUGCAUUUAAAAGCAAAUAUAUAUUAUGCUAUUAAUAGUAAGCAUGCCUUAUUAUAUGUGCAUAUAAUAGCAAAUAUAUUAUGCGAGAAAGUACAACCAUAGGAAACCAUGAACUUAAGCUGUUUGCCAAGUGCACUUGUUUUUAAAGUGUUACUGUGUUAGCACCUUGAGCACUACUGCAGUGGAUUUGUGCACUUUAUAAAUCUUAUUAUUAUUAUUAUUAUUAUUACUGUCCUAUAUACUAAAACAUAACUUUUCUUUGCAAUGACAUUAUUUACUACUCUAUGUUAUAUGUUAUGAUUUACUGUAUAUGUGGAAAUUGAUCGAUUGUUAAACAGUAAUGUUUGUAUAAUGCAUCUCACAUGUCUUUCAAAUGUACAUUGUGUCAGUCAAUGCCAACACAAUAUUUAUCUCAGCAGCUCUAGUUAACGUUGAUGAACGACAAUUAUAUGAUUCUAUAUGAAUGUGCAAAUGUUAUGGUACAUUUUAAAAUAAAAUACCGUAAAUUGAUAA